AUGUCCCAGCCGCAGCAGCAACAGUUGCAACAGCAGUCAAAGAUCACUGCUUUCUUCACCUCCCGAAACAGUGUCCUGGCCGACGAGGAUAAGUCUUUGGUAGCAGUCAAAGAUGCAAAGUCAUCCAAACUGCAAACUUUUCCACCAGCUAAACUGCCCAAAACUGAUGCCCAACAUGUCACCGCCGAUGGGACCAAGAAAAAAAGGCAGCGAAAGGUGACACAACCAAGUGACAACAAAGACAAACGUCUUACACCACCACUACUACCAUCAUCACCAACAACAGCAGAACUUGUGACGUUUUCUCAAAAAACGCGCUCUUCGAGUCGCCUCAACCGUACAGGUGACCGCGACCUGGCUGCAUUUGAGAGCACACUUCAAUCAGAAACCUUGACGCUUUCCACUAUUACAAGUACACUUGAUGAACCGGCAAACUGUCAAUCAUCAUCAGCAGCAUCGGAACUAGCUACUGCCCCAAAAAAGCGAGGUCGGAAAAAGCGAAAGUUGGACAUCGACGCAACAGAAUCACCACAACAUCAGCAACUGCAGCACCUUUCUGAAAUGCCCAAAUCUGAUAAUGAAAACAAAGGCGCAAAUCAUGAUGAUGAUGAUGGCAAAAAUCAGCCCGAAUCUGAGAAUACAAACGGCACAAACUCAACAACAUUCAAAAAGAAGAAGGGAAAUGAUAAAAAUGAAAUGAAUGCUGAAAAUUUGGUAGCUGCAGACGUGGCUGAUUCAAUCACAACAACUACCGAAAUGACACUAAAAAGUACUGCCUCUCUUCAACACCAGCUUACCAGUUCUGAUGAUAAACUAAAGCAGUUUUCAUCUUCAUCUUCAUCCUCAUCUUCAUCAUCCCAUUCACAGUCAGCACAAUGGCCGUCGAUGGCCAGUUUCUAUGGUUCACUAGACCAUCAGAAAACUGCUACUAAAGCAGGUGUCACUUCUUCUUCUACACUAGUCAUCGCCGCCUCUGCCACUACCACCACUACCACUUAUCAACAAACAGCGCAGACUACACAACCGCAACCAGCAGCACUUAUUAAAACAGGCGGAAAACUAUUACUGACACCAAAAAGUCUGCCAUCGUCAACGGUGGACCGACUGAGAACAAAACUUGCAGAAGCUGCUGCUUCUCAGUUUUCUGAAGCUGUUCAAGAGGAUGCUGUUGUUGUUGCUGAAAGUAACACAGCUAAAGAUGACGAUGAUGAUUCUGCUACAGAAAUUGAUGAGCCAGAAAAAUC